GGGGCAACGUGGGAUUGUUACUCGUCGUCACAUUUCCAGAGCACAACUGGUUGGCGCUCACUUUCCGAAACACGGCUUUUGCACAGUCGUAGUAAAGCUGCUGCUCAUAUAUUCAGACCUUAGAGACAUGAGCAGUGGAUCGGGUCUCUGGCUGUGCCGAACGGCUAUAGUUUCUCUUUCACUUUCAUUAUUCAGUUAAAAUGUCAGCUGUGCAGCGAUUACGAGAACAGAUUGAUUGCAUAGAUUAGGAUAUUGGUUUUCCAUAGGAAAAAUGUGAUUCACACCAAAGCUACGUUUGAAAAAUAUGUGGAAUUGACUACGGAUUUGUAAACCAGCAAGCGAAGAUAUCGUGGAGCUCUUGAAUCGUUUUGAUCUACUUUCACAUUAGGCCAAAGUGAGCUAUCGAAAACAAAUAAUACAUUGAAAUACCUGAAAACGAGAUUGCUACCACUCAGGAGCGGUGAAGCGCAUAAUACCGGCGGCCACAGAAUGGGCUUAAUCGUAAAAAUAUUGCGUAAUAUGCGAAUACCCCGCUGGUCUACACUCCUGCCCGUGUUAUUUUAUCUGGCUUUUAUCACCUGUGUACUGAUGCUUGCAUUUCCUGCCAAUAAUUCCCCCAGUGGGUCUCCGGAGCGAAAGAGAAACCAUGUGGAUACAGCGGAGAGUGACGGCGACUCGAAUUCUGUGAUAUACAACGUGGAUGAGGAUGCGAUGCAAGAGCUAACUAUGGCCUUCAAUAAGGCCGAUACAAACAGGGAUAAACAUCUAAACGUGCAAGAGCUUGCCAAAUACAUUAACUUUAAAAUAAGGGACCAUAUAGACAAUGCAAUCCGUCAAAAUCCAACUACAUUCGUGGAGAUCGAUCAGAAACCACGUGACGGACUAGUCAGCUGGGAUGAGUACCAAAUUUAUUCUCUUCGUGAAAAAGGAAUUGCCGAAAGCCACAUGAAGAAACCCCUUUUCGACACAUUGGAUCGGAAGGUGAAAGAAUCCAUCGCCAGAGAUAAAGCCCUCUGGAUGGAAGCAGCGCGAACCGAUCCUCUAAGCCUGACGCUGGACGAGUUUCUCUCAUUUCGACACCCGGAGUCCAGCACGGUUAAUCUGCUGAACCUGGUAGAUGAUAUCUUGCGGCAGUUUGACGUCGAUGGAGAUGACAAACUAACGGUCGGUGAAUUCUCCGAUGUCCUACCCAAUGGAGUGGCAGAUCCAAGCAGUAAGAAAAUAAUACUGUCGCAAACCGAAAGGGAACGUAAGGAGGAAUUUACCAAAAUAAUUGACAAAAACAAGGACGGCAAAGCUGACCGCGGAGAACUGUUGUCCUACGUGGAUCCACGUCAUCCAAGAUAUGCUAUCCAGGAAGCCUCAGCGUUGUUCGCGCUGGCUGAUAAGAACGCAGAUCGUAAACUGACGCUACAUGAGAUAAUAGCUAAAUCUUCAAUAUUUGUUUCGUCGAAAAUGAUCAAUACUGCUGAGAGUUUCCAUGAUGAAUUUUAGGCUUAGUAGAUUAGUAGAAACCAAAUGUGAUAGAGAGAUUUGUUACUAUACAUGACAGCACCAUGACCAGAACAGAAAUAAAUUUAUUGCAAAUCCCAAACAA